GAUGAUAUCAAUUGGGAUUCAUCAAUAUUACGCAAAUUAGAUAUUUUAGUAUUUUUUACAUGUAUAACUUAAUUAAAAAUAUAAAUCUAUAAGAAAUGGAUGACCCACAAGAGACUACAACGACUGCAAGUAAAAAUUCCAUUGAAAGUCUAAGCAAAGAUGAGUUGUUGCAAAAAUACAAAUCCUUGCUAGCAAUUGCUAAAAAGGCAAAGCAAGCCAAAGAUGAAUUUGCUGAUGAAAAUAAGAAACUCAGAGAUACCUUGCAAAUAUGUGAGACACAAAAGGAGGCAGAUAAGAAGGCUUUAUUGACCAUGAAAGAAAUGUUAGAAGAAUUUACAACAAAUAAAUUGGAACUUACAAGUAAAGUAGCUGAAUUACAGCAAAAUCUUAACAUAAAAGAAAAUAUAAUAAAUGAACUAAACAUUGAGAACGAAUCAGUCAAACGGCAGUUGGAUAGAAUGAUGGAUGAAAACGAAUCUUUGUUAAAAGACAUUGAUCAAAUGGAAAGUAACUUAAAGCAGGUUAACGUAAUUGGCAUGGAGCAAAAAACGCAUUUAAACCUAUUGGAACUUGAAGUUAAUAAACUUAAAGAAUCAGAGAGUCUUAAUAAUACUUUAAAGAAUCAGGUUUGUCAACUUCUGGCAGAGAAUGAAGCUUAUAAAAAUGGCGAAAAUGCAAUGGCAACUUCUUUACAAGAAAUGUCUGAAAAAUAUGCUAAUCUUAAAGACAUCAACUCAAAACAACGUAAAAAGUUUAAUGCGCUUAAAGACCGAUUUGUAAUUGUAUUCAAAAAAGUAAAUAAACUAAAAGAAUGUAAACGUAUUCUACUAGAAACUCAACAUGAAUAUGCGGAAGCUGUCACAAAAUGGCAAACUGAAAUCAUAACAGCUUCGCAGUUAUUAUGCAGACAAAUGAAUAUUCUAAGGCAAGAGAACGAAGAACUUACAAAGGAUAAAUCAAUUACGAAUUGCUCUGAUCGACAAGUUAAGAAAUCAAACAAACAGAUUAACAUGCUAACAGAAGAAGGUAUUGAAUUUUUACACAAAAUUGUUGAACAAAAUAUUGUACCACAAAUGAAAAGCCUAAAUGUAACAGAAAUGUUGAAAAAACUGGAUGAGAUGCAACGAUUAAGUGUGGAAGUUGAGAAAGAACAGCAAAAAAAUUUUGCACAAUUAAAUGCUACUAGGAAGAAUACUAAUCUUUUAACACAAAAUGUCCAAACACAAUUUGAGGAUGAUAAUCUUGAGCAGAUAAUGUCUAGAUUGGUGGAAGCUCAAAGACUAAAUGAAGAUGUACAAAAGAAAUCUCUUUCUAUGCGUUUGCAAUUAGAUAAUUUGCAUACGGAAAAUAAUGCUUUAAGAAAUGAUUUAUGUAUAUAUAAGAACCGCGCAGAAUUGGAAAGGAAAAAAGUUAAUUAUUUGGUAGCAAAAUUUGCAGAGGUAGAAAUAUUAAGUGAGGAAGCGUUAACGCAAUAUACUGAAAAAUGUUUGCAGUUGGUGGAUUUACAAAGUGAUCAAGCGUUGGGUAAAGAAAGUCAAACUGAUAACAAAGAAUUAGAGAAACAAAAAUUGGAAAUUAAACAACUAUCACAAGAACUCAAAGAUUUAAAAAUCAAACUCAAAGACAACGAAGAAUUAAAUAAAACCUUAGAGGUUGAUUUUGAAGAACUGAAAUUAUUAUUGUGCAAGAAAGAAGAACAUAUUGGCGAUAUGUUAAAGCAAUUAGAGGAAUAUGAGCAAAACAAGUCAAAUAUUAUAGAAGAAUUAAAUGCAAACAAGCUUAUUUCUCAAGAACUCGGAAUUGAUAAAGAACGUUUGGAAAGCAAGCUAAAAGAAUUGACUUCUGAAAUAGAGAACCAGCAAAUCACAAGGGAAAAUGAAAAUUCAGCGCUUGUAGAACAAUUAAAAUUACAGCACAGCCAAGAUUUGAAUGAAGAACUACAAAGUUAUCGGCAAAGUUAUGAGGAGUUACAAGCGCGCUUUGAGCAAAAAGAACGUGAACAUGCUGACUUAUUGGGAGAAAUGCGGGAACUUAAUGAAGCGCUCAAGGCUCGUGGAGAUGUUAUUUCACGCCAACAAGAAAAACAACAGGAUAUACUAUCUGAACUGAAAAAUACUUCUGCUCAGCUUAAAGAUUUGGAAAAUAAAUUAAAUGAAAAUGAGAAAUCCCUUUUAACAAAAGAUGAACAAUUGCGAGAAAAGAAAUUAGAAAUUGAACAGAUACAGGUUAAAGUAGAGGAAUUGCAAGCUAUAUGUUCGCAGAAGGAAAAGCAGAUGAAAUCUUUCACAGAAGAUGUGCAAAGUUUAAAAAAUAUCGAUACCACAGACAGCCAAAGCGAUAUGUUGUCAACGUCUACUAUUUCACGCACUGAUGAGAUAAGUCGUCUACGAGAAUUGGAUGAAAGUUUCGAAGACAAAUACAAUAGAUUACGUGGUUUAGCCAUUAAACUUAAGAAAAAACUUCAAGAGCAAACAACACAGUUGACAGAAUUAGAAAAGCAGCAAACUAACCAUGAAAAGCUGAAACUUGAGUUAAAAGAACAGCAAAUAUUAAUAAAUGAUUUGCAACUUGAGAAAGAAAAAACUCAGAAAUUACUUGACACUCUUAAGGGUGACAACCAGAAGCUCAAAUCUUCGCGCAAACAAGCUAAUGUACUUAAUUUGGAAAUUGAAGCUGCCGAAAAAUCACUUAACGAAGCAACUGUAAAAUUAGCAUCAAAAAAUACUGAGUUGGAAUCUCUCAAUGAAGUCCUAACAACAAAAGAAACAAUGAUUGUACAGUUGCGUAAAGAAAUUGCUUUACUUGAGUCCGCUAAAAAUGCCGAGUGUAACCAUUCUAAAGAAUUAAAAGAACAGAUCGAUCUAUUGCAAACACAAAUUAAAGAUGCCGUACACACCAAACAGAGCAUACUAGCGUCCAGCAAAGAGUUAGAGCAAGCGAAUGAGAAUCUUAAGAUGGAACUAGAAGAACUGCGCUUGCAAAUGUCCAAUAUUGCUAGCAAGCAAGAAACAAUAAUUUUAGCGGCCAAAACCGAUAAGGAUCAGUUGCAGUCUCUAUUAUUUGACACGGAAAAUAAUUUAAAAACAACUCAGCUAAGUCUUAAAAAUACUGAACGCGAAUUAGAACAAUUACGCGUAGAGUAUUUGGAAUAUAAACUGAAGGCUCAGGCUGUGCUGCGGAAAAAUCAGAAAAGGGAUACCUCCAAAGAACGUGAACAAGAGGAAGAAUUAUUAUCGUUGCGCGCAGUCGAAAAACAGCUACAACAAAGCGUAAAAAUGCAUCUUAAAAGAAUCGAAGAUGCUAAUAAACGGAUGCAGAUACUAAACGAAGACAAUGAAUGCCUGCAAAAACGCAUCAAAGAAUUCCAUAAUAUCAUAGAGGAGUUACGUGAACAGAAUGAGAGCUUGGCUAACGAAAACAGAAAUCAGUUACAUCUUCAAAAGGAGUCUUUGAAAAAUCAUCGUCAACAAAUUGAAAAUUUAAACUCAUGCCAUAACGUGCAACUAAAGGAUUUAGAAGUAACUUAUGAGCAAAAAAUUGAACUUUUAAAAAGUGAACACGCAAAAGUAAUACGUAUUCCACCAAUUAUUGGAGCUGCAUCUAAACUGAACACAUCCACUAUGGAUACGAUGCAAAAUAAUGUAGUUGAGCAAAGUAAAAUUGAUAUUUUGCUUAUGGAAAGAGAAGACGCUGAAGGUUCCGAAGAAGCUGUGGCUUUGGCAAAUAUUGCAGCAAAUCGGAAAAUAUCGAAUGAUUCGUCACGUACACGAUCACAACAUGAUUUUAUGCCUUUGGAUGAAUUAUUAAAUGCGCCCAUGAAUACUAUCAAUGAUACAGUGACAACAUUAACUUUAACUGACGUGGAACAUGGAAGCGAUGAUGUAGAAAGCACACAUGUCGAAUUACAAGCUACUAAGGAACGUUUGCAGAUGCAAGAUACCCGUAUAAGACAUUUAACUGCCCUAUUAGCAGAAAAUGAGCAGGACUUAGCAAAACUAUCACAGAUGAAUGAUAUGUUAAAGGAAGAAUUACGACGCCAGGAACGAUCUGUAGAACGUGAAGCUCAUAUGCAUAAUUCAGAAUAUUUAAAGAACGUGAUAAUCAAGUUCCUAACAUUAAAUAAUGGAGAUGAGCGCACUCGACUAGUACCCGUUCUUAACACAAUAUUAAAGUUAAGUCGCACCGAAACAGAAGUUCUAAACUGUGUGGCAAAGGGACAUAAAGUUAAUGCUGAUGGAAAUCAACGUGGCUGGGGAAGUUUUCUAUCAUGGGGCGCAGGAAAUAAUAACACAUAAAAUCAAUGCUUUUCAAUAUAUUACCUGAUACUAUCUUUAAAAACAAAGCCAUUCAUUUAACGUUAUGUAUUGAAUCAGUUUUAUUAUUUUAAUUCAAACUAUAUAACUAUUAUAUUAGACCACAGUGCAAACUCUUAUAU